UUUGCCGCGACGAAGGUCCUUGAAGCGCGCUGGCUAAGAUCACGGAAACCCGGUAACCAUGGUGGAUGUGAAGAAGUUUAGUGAUACCGACCUGUACGGGUUGUUCGAGGUGGACAUCGGGGCCACUGAGCAAGAGAUCCGCAAAGCGUACCGCAAAAAGGCGCUACAAUGCCAUCCGGACAAAAACCCCGACAACCCCAAAGCGGCCCAGCUGUUCCAGGAGCUCUCGAAGGCACUGGAAAUCCUGCUCGACACUUCGGCCCGUGCAGCGUACGAUAAACUGCUGAACGCAAAGAAGGCGGCGAAACUACGCACAAAGCAGCUCGAUGGCAAGCGACAGAAGCUAAAGGCGGAUCUCGAGGAGCGUGAACGGCGGGCCCGGGAAGCGGCCACCGGUGGAUACAAAACGGCCAGCAACAAAACACCGGAGGAACUGUUCCAGGAGGAGUUCGAUCGGUUACGCAAGGAGGGCUCAAAGUUGAUCCAAGAAGAGCAGGAACUGAUGCGCCAACAGCUGCAAGAGGAACUGCGGCUCAUACAAACGGCGGCCGCACCAACCUGGGAUCCAUCGCAGCACCGCGUGAAGAUACGCUGGAAGGCGGACAAAACCGACACCGGCAAUGGGGGCUACACGGAGGAGAUUUUGCGCAAGUUUCUCAACAAAUACGGUGACCUGAAUGCGCUCGUGAUGAGCCCGCGGAAGAAUGGUAGCGCACUGGUUGAGUUCAAACAGAAAGAUGCCGCCGAAAUGGCGGUAACGUACGAAAAGGGACGGUUAGAUAAUCCCUGUACGCUGGAAUGGGUCGGUGAGCCACCGCCGGCAUCGAAACAGAAAGCAGGAGGACGAUCCACCGGUGCUGGUGGUACCAUCACGGAGCGAGAUUACGAAAGUCUAGUUCUCCGGCAGUUGCGUCAGGCCGAGGAACGCAAGAAACUCAUCGAGCAGAUGAUGAAAGAAGAUGCGGAAGGAGCGGGAGAAGAUUAGACCAGAGAUAA